UCCGGGUUAUCAUCUCGCGAGAUCUAAUAUGGUGGACGACGUAGACACUUUUUGACGAAACGCCGGGGAAAUUCGGAAAAUGGAGUCGAAAGAAACCGUUUAUCAUAUUUUGAUCAACGCAGUUAUGUCUUGUAUAGGAUUCUUUGUUUGUUUAAGCAUUAUACCAAAGUUUGGAGACAUGUUUUUGAGAGCAGACUUGUCUGGAGUUGACAUGAGUAAAAGAGCAAAAAAUAAAAUUCCUGAGGCUAUGGGUGUGAUCUGUGGGGCGGUGUUCCUUGUGAUCAUGUUUCUCUUCAUCCCUGUGCCUUUCUACAGACACCUGGCCGACCCCAACAACAAACAGUUCCCGCAUCACGAGUACAUAGAAUACAUCGCAGCGCUGUUAUCCAUCUGCUGCAUGAUUUUCCUCGGGUUUGCUGACGAUGUGCUCAACCUAAAAUGGCGACACAAACUGUGGCUGCCCACCAUGGCUUCCCUCCCUUUACUCAUGGUCUACUUCGUCAACUUCAACUCCACUGUCAUCAUCGUACCAAAGCCAUUUAGGGAUUUCAUUGGAUUGGAUGUUAAUUUAGGUGUGCUGUACUACGUGUACAUGGGGAUGCUGGCGGUGUUCUGUACCAACGCCAUCAACAUUCUGUCCGGGGUGAACGGCCUGGAGUCAGGGCAGAGUCUCAUCAUAGCCCUGUCUGUACUGGUCUUCAACUUCACAGAAAUAUCGGGUGACAGUGGCCAGGCCCAUGUGUUUAGUCUGUAUUUCAUCAUGCCUUUCACUGGGGUGUGUGCUGCACUACUCUAUCACAACUGGUACCCAUCACGUGUGUUUGUGGGGGACACAUUCUGUUAUUUUUCUGGGAUGACGUUUGCAGUGGUUGCCAUUCUCGGCCACUUCAGUAAAACCAUGCUGCUGUUUUUCAUCCCCCAAGUGAUCAACUUUGUGUACAGCACACCUCAGCUGUUUCGAUUUAUUCCUUGCCCCCGACACAGGCUACCUCAAUAUGACCCCAAAACGGACACAGUCGGAAUGAGCUUCACUAAAUUCAAACCCAAAGAUUUAAACCCACUGGGCAAGCUGUGCUUCAGUCUGUUAAAACUGUUCAGAGUUGCUCAUAUUCGAGAAAACACCGGCGAGGACGGGAUGUAUGCAGAGUGCAAUAAUCUAACACUGCUCAACUUGAUACUGAAAUUCCUUGGGCCGAUGCAUGAACGGACUCUAGUCAUAGUUUUGUUAACAAUUCAGAUCCUUUGCAGUCUGGUUGCGUUUGGUAUCCGAUAUCAACUUGCCAAGCUGUUCUAUGAUGUCUAAAUACAAUUUAAUUGUUAAGGUUUAUUUAAAUUCAUGUAUGUGCAAAACUCGAGACUGAUUCAUUUACACCCUGUUGUGAAGGAGAGGUGUUAAGAAUCCAUCAUUAACGUCUGAAUAGCUUAAGUUAUGCAAUGUUUUCAAACUUGGAAUUUUCUUAACAUGAUUAUUACAACUUGCUUAAAAGUGUGACAUGUGGCAUUGUGGAGUUUUCAUCAUUUGUUUAGCAUCUGAUCUAUGAACAACCUUCAAAAUACCUGAUAAAGUUGAGGGAAAAUGUAUAGCUUGGAGACAUUAACUUCACCCGCCUCUCACAAACCUGAUUUGGUUGAAUUGUUUCUUGCAAUUUUUACUCUAUAUUUUGUCUGAUCAUAUGUUUCACAAGUUACACAAUUAUAGUACACGUAAUGUCGAUAUUCGUUGUACUAUGUGACUUGAUUCCAUGAAAGCAUGAAACUUAUAUAUAAUGUUUUUAUCGUAUCUUUUUUCCAAUAUAUUUAAACAUACAUUUCAAUGUCAGAUUAAUGUGUAAGAGCUUUUUAAUGGCUUUUAAAACAAAUACGGGUAUAAGUGUUAAUGAGCUCCAUUUAAGUGACUUAAUCACUGUUUGGAAAAAUGAGUAAAGUAUUUUUUUGUUACAAAUUCAUGAAAAGUUGUAUGUAAACCAGAAAAAUACUCCUAGUAUACGUGCUAGUAUUUUCUGUUCAUGUAUCAAUAUGUUUGAAUACUAAAUAAUCACUUUUAUUUAAGGGGCCUUCUAAAAUAUUGUAUUGUUGAAUUUUGUAUAUACUUUUUUGGUGCAUUGUUAUAUAAGUAUUUAAUGUUGUGGUCAGAUAUAGUAUUGAAAAGAACAUUAAAAAUGCCAUAUUGUAUUUAAAUUGCCACAUUUGUUCAUAAAUCUGUAUGCAUGUUUAGAAUUGUUUAUAUUGUGUAUCUCAUUGUGCAAUAAUGCAUUUACUUAUUUGAUGUGUAUCACAUAUAUGAGCCGCACUCUGUGAAAAGGGGGUUUAAUGCAUGUGCGUAACGUGUCGUCCCAGAUUAGCCUGUGCAGUCCGCACAGGCUAAUCAGGGACGACACUUUCUGCCUAAACUGGAUUUUUGCUAACAAGAGACAUUCUGUAAACAAAAAGUACCAUACAAGCGGAAAGUGUCAUCCCUGAUCAUGUGUGUAAAGUGUCGUUCCAGAUUAUUCAUGGAUGACAAUUUCCAUCUAAACUGGAUUUUUGCUAAGAAGAGACUUUCUGUAAAAGAAAAAUACCAUACAAGCGGAAUGUGUUGGCCCUGAUGUGCCUGUACAGGAUAAUCUGGGACGACACGUUACACACAUGCAUAAAACCCCUUUUUCACAGAGCACAGCUCAUAUAGUUUAUUAGUUCCCUACCGUUCUAACCAGACCACCUGUCCAUCAGUGUGUCCAUGUUUCAUCAUGUCAGUGUGUCGAUGUCUCUCUCUGAAUCAUGAACCUGUAAUGACUUGAAAAGUACUCGAGCAUGGUUGAUGAAACUUGGUAUGUGGAUAGAGGGCCAUGUGUGGAAUAUUCAUGGUAUUUCAGCUUUGUGUCAGACAAAAAUUGUGGUUGCCAUGGUUUCAAAUGCUAAGGUUACAGAAAUAUUUGAAAAAUUGUAUCCAAAUCCUGCACUAACUAAAAAUGUACAUUUCACCGUUUUCAAAUUCAAAAUAGAGGUGUUGAAUGGUAACUAAUUUAGAAGAAAACUAUUUGUACAUUUUACAAUGAAUAAUAGUGCUAAGUAAAUGUUUUGUGAAUUUGUAUUAUUAUUAGUUUACACGCAUUUUGCACAUAUUUUUGUUGAUGCUUUAUUUUUUAUUUCGACUAAUGAAAGCUUUCUGUGAUGGGCAUUGUAUCAGCUUUCGAAGUAUUGUAAAUCCAGUUCUGUUUGUCUUGAAUUGUUGAUCUGUAUAAUCCAAAUUUAGUCAUUUUUCAAGCAUUUGUGUGUGUGUAAUUGCAUGCCUGUGUGUUUGCAUGCAUUUGUUAUGUUAAAUGGAAUUUACUUCGAUACUAGUAUAUUAUGUAUAUAAUUUAUCUUCAUACAAUAUUGCUAGUCUGUCUUUCUUUUGAGUAAGAAUUAAGUUUUUCUUGCCAUGAUAAUAUAUGACACUUAAAAGGGUACACAAGGCUUUUUAAAUGUUUUCUGGUUGUUAUGUGCAAAUUAUAGUCUGGAUAUACACUUAAAAGCUAUGUAACACUGAAUGGAAACUGAUUUUUUUAUGAUAAAAGAUAUUUAAGAAAUUUCUAUUUAUUUUGAUCUUGUUUAUGGAAGAAGGUUCUUAUAUUGUUGUGACUCAUGUGUCAUCUAUCAUCAACAUUUGCUAAGUGAGAACUCAAUAGGCCUCAUUGUAUUGCCUAGUUUUCAUGAAACUUGGUCAGAACAUUAAAACUUUGUCAUCAUAUCUCACAUGAAUGCGAAACAGGGUCACAGACAGUCAAAAAUUGUGUCACUGGUUCAAAUUAAUGAAAAAGCUUUUUAACAUUUUUUUUGUUUAGGCCAAAUUUAUUGCAAGAUCUUCAUCAUGAAACUUCGUCAUAUUAGUCACAAUUAUAUCUCUGCCAAGUUUGGAACUUGGUCUCAUGGGUUAAUAGAACAAGGCUACAAAGUCAAAAUGAAGAAAGAGCUAGUUCAUCAUUAGAAGCAACAUUGAUUGUCAAAACGGCAUUUAGCUUAGUCAGAACAUUUGUCCCAAUAUAUCUCAGCCAAGUUCAAAACUUUCGGAGAAAACCCGAGGUAUUUUUAUAGCCAGCUCGUCGUGUCGUCCACCGUCUGACGUCCGUCAUCCGUGUUGUGCUAAAACCUUAACAUAAGCUCUAAAAUCAAAGUGCUUCCACCUACAACUUAGAAACAUCAUUAUUAUGUAGAUGCACCUUGAUGAGUUCUACACGCCACACCCAUUUUGGGGUCAAAGGUCAAGGUCUCUGUGACCUCUUAAAAAAAAAAAAAAUUCUGACAACCUUUCAUUUAUUCAAAACUACACCCGUAGCCGAGCAUGGCACGCGUUAUGCGGUGCUCUUGUUUAUGAUAAAAGAUAUUUAAGAAAUUUCUAUUUAUUUCGAUCUUGUUUAUGAGGCCUGGACUUUAAAGCUCAUCUGUGCUCAUGGUGAGCUGUUGUGAUUGCCUUUUGUCUGUCAAUUGUUGUGACUCAUGUGUCAUCUAUCAUCAACAUUUGCUAACUGAGAACUCAAUAGGCCUCAUUGUAUUGCCUAGUUUUCAUGAAACUUGGUCAGAACAUUAAAAUGUUGUCAUCAUAUCUCACAUGAAUGCGAAUCAGGGUCACAGGCAGUCAAAAAUUGUGUCACUGGUUCAAAUUAAGGAAAAAGCUUGUGAACCUUGUUGCGAGAUCUUCAUCGUGAAACUUCGGCAUAUUUGUCACAAUUAUAUCUCUGCCAAGUUUGGAACAUGGUCUCAUGGGUUAAAAGAACUAGGCUACAAAGUCAAAAUAAAGAAAAAGCUUGUUCAUAAUUAGAGGCCACAUUGAUUGUCGAAACGGCAUUAAACUUAGAACAUUUGUCCCAAUAUAUCUCAGCCACGUACAAUACUGUCCCAAAAUCAGGUAAAAUAAGAUAAAAUGCUCUCUACAUUUAACAUUUGUUUUAUGUAAUCUAGAUGAAAUUUCCUCUGUGCAUUCGUUCAAAUUAUUUCUAGGCCAAAUGAGAUAUAAUUGCGAUCUAUUAAAAACAUGACUGCAAUGAGGUAGGGUAGUUUUGCUUAUGUUGCUUAAGUAAAUUAAUUUGAAAACUUUUGAAGUCACAAGUUUAACCCAGUCAUUUUGAAAUUUGCACAGAACAUUACACAUUGUGUUGUUAUGAUCUCUGGGUGGAUUUAGAAAAUUAUUGAUGUUUUUAUGGAAACAUGACUAUCGGGUGUUGGUGCUGUUUUCCUUAUAAGUGGGCCGUGCUCUGUGAAAAAGGGGUUUAAAUCAUGUGCGUUCAGUGUCGUCAAAGAUUAGCCUAGGGCUAUUCAGGGAAGACGAUUUGCGCCUAAACUGGAUUUUUGCUAAGAAGAGACUUUCUUGAAAUGAAAAAUAUGAUAAAAGCGGAAAGUGUCAUCCCUGAUAAGCCUGUGCAGACUGCACAGGCUAAUCUGGGACGAUUCUUUAGGCAAAUGCAUUAAACCCUCUUUUCGCAGAGCAUGGCUCGAGUAUAUUGUGAAACCUUGUGAACACAGUUUAUUUCCUUGUGGUCAAAGGUAAGCGCCUUAGAUCCUUCUUAUUUUGUUUGUUUUUGUUAAAACAUUAUAUAAAUGCAUGCCUAUUUAUUUAUAUGCGUACAUGUUUAUAUCCAACCCUUAUUAAUUGAUGUAUUUCCCAUGUACUAAAGCUUUGCUUGACAUGGUUUUUCAUCCCCAUUUUCCAUUUAAUGUUUUAAAAGUUUUACAAAUUUUGUGUAUAUGGUGAAACCAGCUUGACGAAUUAAACAAUUAAUAUUGAUUAACAUAUAAACUCAUAAUUUCACUGGAUCUCACGUUUGUCAUGAAAAGUUUAAAUGCCUCUUCAGCCAUCUUUAAAUGAUUAGAUUCUGUUGUGUGAAAAAUAAAAGACACUUCUGCAUGCUAGUUUUAAAUUCUGGAACAAAUUUUCCAAUUAUAAAAAUGGUUAAAGAGCUGAAAAUGUGAUAUCCCAAAGCAAUGAUUAGAUAAUAUUGCCAAUUAAUUUAAAUAUGAUUAACAUUUAUGUAUUGCUGUAAAUUCAACUGCUAGCUAAAGACUUAAACAUUUUCAUACAAUAUUUACAAAUAACAAUAUACAUAGCAUAUAAACGGCUGCCUCUAUUGAUAAGUUAAAACAAUUGAACCUUGAGUAGUGAGAUAAUAAAUGUUGAAUUUUCGGGCUGACAACACUGGAAUUGUCAGCUUUUACAUUCUUAUCAUUAGGCUAUAUUCUGAUUGUAAGUUGCAUAUAUUCAAGGUCUGAACAGUGUCAGUGUGAGUUUAACUCAGAUUUAGUAAUAUUCCUUGUUUUAUAGUGUUUAUUGAUUAUAUUGGUUAAAUGGUAUAAAUAUUCAUUGAAAGAAUAAAUCCAAAAGAUAUAA